AAUCGGCCUCUUACCCUAAGUGGCUCUUUGCAAGGAUGGGAGAAGGAAGAGCAGUGGGGUAAGGAAUGCAAAUUUUGGGGGUCCUUCACGACUCCAUCGCAGUUCUUCUCCCCAUUAAAUAGUACCUGGGAUGGAGAUACGUAGAGUAAUUGCAACCAUGGGAUGGAUCAGAGGUGACAGUCUUCAGGGACCAUGCGUCAGCCAAUGCCCGACCUUCCAUAAUUUAAGCAAGGAGAGAGAUGGGCACAGCCGUUAGAUCUAACAGGGCAUAUCUCCCACGGGUAGAUUGGUUCGGAUCUCUCCACCUGACUUUUCCUACCUCCAGUUCCCAGAUUUGUUGCUACCCCAGGGUCCCCGCCAUGCCUCACAUCGACAGUGACAUCAAACUGGACUUCAAAGAUGUUUUGUUGAGGCCCAAACGCAGUACCCUUAAGUCUCGAAGUGAGGUAGAUCUCACAAGAUCCUUUUCAUUUCGGAACUCAAAGCAGAUGUACACUGGGAUCCCCAUCAUUGCUGCCAAUAUGGAUACUGUGGGCACCUUUGAGAUGGCCAAGGUUCUCUGUAAGUUCUCCCUCUUCACAGCUAUCCAUAAACAUUACAGCCUCCAGCAGUGGAAAGAGUUUGCUAGCCAGAAUCCCGAGUGUCUUGAGCAUCUGGCGGCAAGCUCAGGCACAGGCUCUUCGGACUUUGAACAGCUGGAACAGAUCCUGGAAGCUAUUCCCCAGGUGAAAUAUAUAUGCCUGGACGUGGCAAACGGCUACUCAGAACACUUUGUUGAGUUUGUAAAGGACGUGCGGAAGCGCUUCCCUGAGCACACCAUUAUGGCAGGGAAUGUGGUAACGGGAGAGAUGGUGGAAGAGCUGAUCCUCUCUGGGGCUGACAUCAUCAAAGUGGGAAUUGGCCCAGGCUCCGUGUGCACCACCCGCAAGAAAACCGGAGUGGGGUAUCCACAGCUCAGUGCCGUGAUGGAGUGUGCAGACGCUGCUCAUGGCCUCAAAGGCCACAUCAUCUCAGUAAGGGCCACAGGCAGGGGAGGGGAGGAGGCUGCCACACCGCUGUGUUUCCUGCUGUGUGGAAACUGUGGUAGCAGUGGAUCAGGACUCCUGGGUUCCUGUCAGCUUGGAGGUGGGCCGCGGGGACAUCACUCAGAGUGCUUGGGCAGUCCGUGUUCUCUCUUCACAGUGCUCCUUACUUUGCAGGAUGGAGGCUGCAGCUGUCCUGGGGAUGUGGCCAAGGCUUUCGGGGCAGGAGCUGACUUUGUGAUGCUGGGUGGCAUGCUGGCGGGGCACAGUGAGUCAGGCGGUGAGCUCAUCGAGAGGGAUGGCAGGAAGUACAAGCUCUUCUAUGGGAUGAGUUCUGAAAUGGCCAUGAAGAAGUAUGCCGGGGGCGUGGCUGAGUACAGGGCCUCAGAGGGAAAGACGGUGGUGGUCCCCUUUAAAGGGGACGUGGAACAUACCGUCCGAGACAUCCUUGGAGGCCUCCGCUCCACAUGCACCUACGUGGGAGCAGCUAAACUGAAGGAAUUGAGCCGGAGAACCACCUUCAUCCGGGUCACCCAACAGGUGAAUCCAAUCUUCAAUGAUGAGAGCUAGACCUGAGCAGCUGUGCCCUCUCAAGGCGCUAGCUCAAGAGGGCUCCUCACCCAUCUCAGCCACUGUGGCUAUUUCUUACUCAGUCAAUUCCUGUUGCCUCACUCCUGAGGGCUACCGCAGUAAUACCGUACUCUGUACCCACAGAAUGCCCAGGGCUCUCACUGGGGAGGAAGCAAGGCAGGCAGGCUGAGAAAAUGAAGUAAGACAGUCAGUCAAGUGUGAAUCUGGGGACCCAGCAUCCCGAGAAUUAUUAAAAGGAAAAGAUGCUGAUUCCUACCUAAGUGUUUAAUGGCCUUGGUCUGGAAGAGGGAGGCUCUUGAAAUCAUGUUUUAUUAAUGAGCUUCAUUAAAUAGGAUCUCUGAAUACCUAAAAAGCCCAAAAGUGUUGCCAUAUUUUAAAUAUCUCAAUAAAGAGAUCCCAAGGAC